AUGUCUGCAUCAUUCAGGCCACCUGCACCCCCUGCUUUCGAACCCGUGCUCAACGCCCUCGGCGGCAGCACGGAGGGCCGCGGCCCACAGCGCGACAGAGAGGCACGUGGGGGGACCUGCGCCAUCCUCCCCGCGCAGGAAGGGCCUGAGGAGAACCCGGCGCCGGCCCGCGAGGGUGCCGAAGCUGCCCCCUCUCACCGCACCGAGCCGGGAACGCCGCCACCGGAGCGGCAGGGGCCGACCCUGCCCCGCACCCCAUUUCAAGUGUCGCAACAGUCUUUUAAACUCCUAGGAUUUCUUGAUGUUAAUAGUGUCCCAUGCUCACGAGAAUCAGUGCUCUAUGGCUCCGUGGGAUCUUUAGUUGUGGGUCUUGGACAUUUUUUAGCAACUAGUAGAGUUAGAAGAUCUUGUGACUUUGCAGUCGGUGGCUUUAUUUGCACAAUGUUAGGAUACUGGUUUUACUGCAGGUACAAUUUGGCCCAACAGAGGAUCCGGCAAAGGAUGCUUAAAGAAGGAAUGAGAAACAAACUGUUAUUUGAAGGCAGUUCUCUUGAUCCAGAAAGAAAACAAACUGGGAAUGAAGGAAGCGAUUCAUAGUCUGCAACAGAGGAAUCUGUGGUCUAAUACAGCUUUGGGAGAAGGUGGUCCAAAAAUGGCAGUCUUCCCUGUAAAUGUGUGAGGUGCCUAAAACUGACAAAUCAUGCUGGCUUUCCUAGCAAAUCCAAGCACGAAAUUCCCAGCAAAUCUUUUAAGUCAGUGUACAAGCCUUUAUUUGUAUGUAUGUAUGUGUGUAUGUGUGUGUGUAUAUGACUAUGUACACAGUUAAGAAUGACCUCCUAUUAAACAUCUGGGAACUGAUAUGUUCUACUACAGGGUCUCAGACGAUUAAUGACAGUGUUUUGGGACUGCUUUCACUUCCAUUAUAAACAAAAUGGUUCAUUUCCGCAAAGCUGUACUUAUGUCUCAUUUAAAUACAGGAAAAUAUUUUCAUCAGCUGUUCCUUCAGUGUUACUGUCCCUUGUGCUGUUUGUGAAAUCAGAGAUAUUUAAACAGUAGGUAAAGGCUUUGCUUGUGCAAGGUGGGUGGUAGCAGUAGUCUUUGUGGGAUUGCGGCUGCGGAAUAACUUCACAUAGACUGUGAAGUUGAAGGAUUUCCGUUUCUGUUUUGUCUGUGUGAAGCUAAGAAUAAAAUCACACUUCAGAAGCAGUCUAAACUAUGUAAGUAAUUAUUCUUUUUACUUGAUUAAAAAUCUUGCUCUUCUAUUUAAGUCAGUUCCUUAGAAUUGCUGGAAUAAUCAUUUAUCUUAUUUGUAAGUAGCAACAUCAGUAGUUUGUUUCUGGUUUGUUUGUUUAUUUUUUAAAGGCAUGUUCUUGUAUAUUUCAGUGUACAUUUUCAGUUAAAUGAAAUAACUGUAUAAUUUCAAGGAAACCAUCUUAUUUAGAAAUACGGUGUUAGAGCUAAUUGCAUAUUGGCAAAAAGAUGGGUGAUUCCGGGUUUGCUUCUGUCUACACCAGUGACACAAUGUAUUUACUUUUUUUCACAAAACGAUUUAUAGUAUAUUACGCUGUAAGCACUUUUUGGUCUAAAGGCAUUCACUGGGCAAAAAUAGCCCAUUCCCCCCACCCGUACUUAGUCUGAGAGAGUUUGCAAUCUGUUAACUCAAGUAGGUGUGGGGAGGUUUGGGAAUCCAGAUGUAAACAGCAGCAUUGCUCUACUUAUUUAAUUUCUAAAUAUACAUGAGAGCACUAAACAAACAUGCUAUUUACACUAAGAUAAUUAAACUUUUACCCUCUGUGGAUUAGCCUCUUACAAGAAGAAAACCAACCUGUAAACUCUGGUUCCUUUUUUUUUUCCCUCCGUUCCUCCUCUUUCUUCUAGAGGAAACAAUGAAAAUAAAUUUUACAGAGGG